ACAAAGAACAAAAUGGCAAGAAUCAUAAUUACCCUCACUAUUCCUCUGUUUUACUUCUUCUUCUUCUCUUUGUUAUCUCACCAAACCAUGUCUCAACCUGACCACAUGUUUACUUUCUGCAAUCCUAACAACAACUUUACACAAACCAGUUUAUACGAAACAAACCGUGACACCCUACUCGCCUCUCUCCGCGAGUCUUCCUCUCUUGGACACUAUUCAAACGCCACAGAAGGUCUCAGCCCUGACACAGUCCAUGGAAUGUUCCUCUGUAGAGGAGACAUCACCACAGCAUCUUGCGUAGACUGUGUCCAAACCGCAACAACCGAGAUCGCUACAAAUUGUACUCUUAACAAAAGAGCGGUCAUAUACUACGAGGAGUGUAUGGUUCGAUACUCAAAUGUUUCUUUCUCCUCUGAAUUGGAAAUCACACCAAGCAUCACUAUAUACUCUCUUCGGUCUGCUCCAAACCCGACUCGUUUUAAUCAAACACUUACUGAAAAAUUCAGCGAACUGAUAUUCAACAUAUCUUCGUCCUCUUUGAUUCCAUAUUUCGUGGAGGAUCAAGAACGUGUGACACAAUCAGAAGGUUCUUAUGAUUUAGAGUCAAUGGUUCAAUGUAGUCCUGAUCUUGAUAUUUUCAACUGUACCGUUUGUCUUAGGGUUGCGUUCUUAAGAAUUUCAACUUGUUGCGGUUUGCCAAGUUACGCUAAGAUCUUUACUCCUAAAUGUCUUUUGAGGUUUACAACCUCUGUUUUGUCAUCUCCACCGUCAUCUCCAUCGCCUCCGCCUCCUCGGUCUCCACCGCCUCAAUCACCGCCGCCUCCUUCUUUACCACAGACGCCACCGCCGCCGCUGGUUUUCACGCCGCCACGGAACUUUCCACCUGCUAGCGGGUCGUUUUCCUUUAACGUUCUAAAAGGAAAUGAAAUUUUUGGGAGACUUCUUGUUACAAUGACAGCUUUGGUGUUUGCACUUGUGAAUUUGUGAUCCAAUUUCAUGAUCUCAUGAAUUAUAAAUAUUGAUGAUUCGUAAUAAUUUGCAUUUCUUCAAUCUGUGUGAUGUGUUACAUUCAUAAGAUCCAAUAUCACAAAAGAUGUUAAUAUGGUUCCUACAAAAUAUGUGAUGUUGAUUCUGAUGUAUGUAUUAAUGGAUUGAACAAUAAAAAAAGAUUGGAGUC